GGCGGCGUUCCGUCGCCGUCCUGUCGCUCGGGCGACGAGCAGGGAAACGGCGGGCUUGGGUUAGCGCGGCCCGGGAGGGUGGCCGCGGGACAAGCGGGCUUGGUUGUGGCAUGCGGGAGCUCGGGCCGGGCGCUCUGCGGACUUCGGGGCGUAGAGAAACAUGGCACUGCCCACGCUGCCCUCCUACUGGUGCAGCCGGAGGCUCCUGGACCAGCAGGUAGCACGACAGCGGCACCAAGAGCAGCAGGCGCGGCUUCGGCAGCAGUGGGAUGAGAACAGCCGCUACUUCAGGAUGUCUGACAUCUGCAGCUCCAAACAGGCAGAAUGGAGCUCCAAGACGUCCUACCAGCGGAGCAUGCAUGCCUACCAGCGUGAGAAGAUGAAGGAGGAGAAGAGGAAGCAUCUGGAGGCCAGACGGGAGAAACUCCAGCAGCUUCUGCUGGAGGAGCAGGACCUGCUGGCCAGAGAACUGGAGGAGCUAAGGCUGAGCAUGAACUUGCGGGAAAGAAGAAUCCGGGAACGGCACGGGAAUCUCAAGUCAGCCCGGGAAGAGCAAAGGAAACUGAUUGCUGAACAACUUUUGUAUGAACACUGGAAGAAGAAUGACCCCAAACUUCGAGAGAUGGAACUGGACCUCCACAAGAAGCAUGUGAUCAACUCUUGGGAAACGCAGAAAGAAGAGAAGAAGCAGCAAGAAGCCACGGAAAAGGAAGAGAUCAAACGGUAUGAAAAUGAGUAUGAAACGGCCCGAAGGGAAGCGCUGGAACGGAUGAAAGCAGAAGAGGAGAGGAGGCAGUUGGAGGAUAAACUCCAGGCUGAGGCGCUGCUCCAGCAGAUGGAGGAGCUGAAGGCGAAGGAGAUGGAGGCCACCAAACUGAAGAAGGAGCAGGCGAAUCUGUUGAGGCAGCGAUGGGAGCUGGAGAGGCUGGAGGAAGAGAGGAAGCAGAUGGCAGCCUUCCGGCAGAAAGCGGAGCUGGGACGCUUUUUGAGACAUCAGUAUAACGUGCAACUCAGUAGACGUACACAGCAGAUCCAGGAGGAACUGGAGGCGGACAAGCACAUCCUGCAGGCGCUCCUUGAGAAGGAGGAGGAGACCCAGCGCACGCACUUGGCCCGGCAGGAGCAGGCCCUGGCUGACGUGGCGUGGAUGAAGCAGGUCAUCGAGGAACAGCUGCAGCUGGAGAGGGAGCGGGAGAAAGAGCUACAGCUGCUGUUGAGGGAGGAAGCCAAGGAAAUGUGGGAAAAGAGAGAGGCAGAGUGGGCCCGAGAGAGGAACGCACGCGACAGACUAAUGAGCGAGGUCCUGACAGGUAGACAACAACAAAUACAAGAAAAGAUUGAACAAAACCGGCGGGCGCAAGAGGAAUCCCUAAGACACAGGGAGCAACUUAUUCGAAACCUUGAGGAGGCAAGAGAGUCAGCUCGUCGUGAGAAAGAGGAGAGAGAAGAACUGAAAUCGGCCCGGAAACAGGAGCUGGAAGCCCAGGUUGCAGAGCGCCAGCAGCAGGCGUGGGAAGCAGAGCAGCAGGAGGAGGAAGAAGAGGAGGAGGCGAGGCAGGCAGAGCAGUUCACGAACGCCCUGCUGCAGCAGGAGGCAAAGAUGAUGGCUGAGCGGGGCCACCGGCCCAAGCCUCAUGGACACCCCAAAAUUGCUUGGAACUGACUUCGUUGGUACUAUGAGCACAGCGAAGAAGGAGGCAGGCCUUGUCUAGGCAGCCGCCAGGUGGUUUUACAAUGUUCUAGUGUUCGGGUCCCUGUGAAGUAGUUCAGUGAGCCCGUUCAGGUCCAUGAUCAAAUGGAUCAAGGUCUGGCCAGACUUGAAGGUGUUAUAAAAACGCAUCACCCAGUAGGAGGCCCUUUCCUGCCUCUGUUACCCAAGAAAGUGGGGUUUUCGUAGUCACACGUUGACAGUGCUGUCACAGUCUUGGAAUAUAUUUAUGAAUAAUGUAAGAUUCUAAAUCAAUGCUAGAGUUACAAGUUGUUCUCCACGACAGGAUUCAUGAUCUCCUGUUGUCUUACCCUUAAUUGUCAACCUCCAUUGAAGCCUCCAGUUCGAGAUAUGUGAGGGGAAGUUUUUCAGUUUUUAGAAUUGCCAUUUAAAUUUAGCUGUUCUGUUACAGACAGACUUGUAGGUCUUGGUGUAAGUUUAUUUCAGGGCUUAUUAAUUUAGUGGUCCCAAAAGGAUCACAUCUUGUUUUCUGAAGAAAGAACUGUGAACCCUAAGGCACUCUGAUGUAGUCCAUGGAUGCUUUCCAGAAAGGUGGUGAAAAAUGAGUCAUUCCAGCUUUAGGAAGCAUUUUGGUAGAAUCUCCAUAGAGCAUUGUAUGUGGGGGAAGUGAUCCCAACAUGUAUGUUACUGAGCCUCAAAAGGGGACUUCAAAAGGUCACUUGGCUGGCUAACCUUUUGGCAUGACACUUUGGGCCUCUAGUGUCUUAGGAAGGUCUCAGCUAUCAGCCUUCUGGGAUUUAUGUGCCCAGAGAAAGGGGCAUUGAAUCCGAAAAAACUAGGUCAGAUUCAACCACAGAUCAGCCAAAAAUUUCUCUUCCCACUGUUACAUCAAUGUGACAUGGUUCUAGAUGAAUCUCUACAAAUAGCUACAAGUUCCUUGCAGCAAUAAUCCUAUUUUUAUGACUUGUAUUUUUUUCAUAUUCUUCCUCUGAGGUGUCAGUUUUUCAUUACAUUGUGUUCAGGAUUCCAUAGCUCCGUAAAUUACAGCUAAUGACUCUUCCAGGUUAUUAAAAAGCAGAGUUUAUUAAAAAAAAUCCUGAGUCUAAGGGCUGCGUUGCCUUUCACUUCCAUUGUGCUAUAAAAACAAAUUGAGCUGCAAACUGCAUCCUUAAUCUGUUUUUCAUUUUCUUGUCUUGAAUUUCUGUGCCUCUGAUCCCCUGAGCACCACUUUCAUUAUGCACACUCAUAUUUACUUCCCGUUUCAGAUGUUCAUUAAUUGGGAAAUAAAGUUCUGGUUUGAUGGCA